GCAAAUGAUGUUUGUGUAUCGAUAUUAUAUUUAAGUUGUGCUAACCACAACAUCUUAAACAAAAUAGAAGGGUGGAGAAUUAUUCGUUCUUGCAACUUCUUAAUUUGUUGGUGUUCUCUUUAUCCCCGAUUUGCUGGAGAUUACAAUCACACAUGCAAAAUGUCACAUGAUGUUCGCCUUUUGAUUCUAGCACUCUUCAUGGUUUCUUCGAACCAUGUGGCAGAAAUUUCUGCAAAAUCAAGCCAUUAUGAGCAUCCGAGAAGGUCAUUACAUCACAUGCCAAGGAAUAGUAGUUCCGAUGCUUUCAAACUAACAACAGCUUCGAGCCAGGGAGAGAAUCAAAUAACACAUUAUUGUACAUAUUACUCAGGCGAAGCGGCAUAUUUUGGUACUAUAGCAACUAUUGAUGUCUAUGAUUUUGGAUAUUUGAACAAGCGUGUAUCAACAGCAGCCCAAAUCGUGUUGGGUAACCGCAAUACAUCGAACCAAGUUUUAGCUGGAUGGGAGGUCAAUCCAGAACUAUAUGGUGAUAGCAAACCACAUUUCUUCGUAUACUGGACGAAUGAUGGCAAGGAUGGAUGCUCUAACUUGGAUUGUGUCGGCUUUGUACCUAUAAAUGUGGCUACUAUUAAACCUGGAGAUACAUUGGAGCCAUCUAAUGGACAAAAGAGAAUUGCAUUGAAGGUAUUUAAGGUAUGAUCCCAAACAAGUUAA